GCUUCAUAUACAGACAGUUCUGAUGAUGAGACAUCACCCAGAGAUAAGCAGCAAAAGAAUUCUAAGGGAAGCAGUGACUUCUGUGUCAAGAACAUUAAACAGGCAGAAUUUGGACGCAGAGAAAUUGAAAUUGCUGAGCAAGAAAUGCCUGCACUGAUGGCUCUAAGGAAGAGAGCUCAAGGAGAAAAGCCUUUGGCUGGAGCCAAAAUUGUGGGUUGCACACACAUCACUGCUCAAACUGCUGUGCUUAUGGAAACUCUGGGUGCUCUAGGGGCACAGUGCCGAUGGGCUGCCUGUAACAUCUAUUCUACUCUCAAUGAAGUGGCUGCUGCUCUAGCAGAAAGUGGAUUUCCUGUCUUUGCCUGGAAAGGAGAGUCUGAAGAUGACUUUUGGUGGUGCAUUGACAGAUGUGUGAAUGUUGAAGGCUGGCAGCCAAACAUGAUCUUGGAUGAUGGAGGAGAUCUUACUCACUGGAUUUAUAAAAAGUAUCCCAACAUGUUUAAGAAAAUCAAGGGCAUAGUUGAGGAAAGUGUUACUGGUGUUCAUAGACUUUACCAACUGUCCAAAGCCGGGAAACUAUGUGUUCCAGCCAUGAAUGUCAAUGACUCAGUCACCAAGCAGAAAUUUGACAACCUCUACUGCUGCAGAGAAUCAAUUCUUGAUGGACUUAAAAGGACAACAGACAUGAUGUUUGGUGGAAAACAAGUGGUGGUCUGUGGCUAUGGAGAGGUGGGGAAGGGGUGCUGUGCUGCUCUGAAGGCCAUGGGUUCCAUUGUGUAUGUAACUGAGAUCGACCCCAUCUGUGCUCUACAAGCCUGUAUGGAUGGAUUUCGACUGGUGAAAUUAAAUGAGGUUAUUCGACAAGUGGACAUAGUGAUUACCUGUACAGGUAAUAAGAAUGUGGUAACCAGGGAGCACUUGGACCGAAUGAAGAAUAGCUGCAUUGUUUGUAAUAUGGGACAUUCCAACACGGAGAUCGACGUGGCAAGUCUGCGGACACCAGAACUGACCUGGGAGCGAGUGAGGUCCCAAGUUGACCAUGUGAUAUGGCCUGAUGGCAAAAGGAUAGUAUUGUUGGCAGAGGGCCGUCUGCUGAACCUAAGUUGCUCCACAGUGCCUACAUUUGUGCUUUCAAUCACUGCUACUACUCAGGCUCUCGCCUUGAUAGAACUUUACAAUGCUCCUGAGGGUCGCUAUAAACAGGAUGUCUACCUGUUGCCCAAGAAAAUGGAUGAGUAUGUGGCAAGCCUACACCUACCAACUUUUGAUGCCCACCUGACAGAGCUGACAGAUGAACAGGCGAAGUAUCUGGGACUCAACAAGAAUGGGCCUUUCAAGCCUAAUUACUACAGGUAUUAAAUUCCUGUAACUCAAGCCAGAAGACAUUUUAAGGAAUAGAACUCCAAGCCUUUUCUCCACUACUAUCUAAGAAAGAACCCAGCAAGCUGCUUCUCCAAUCAGAGCUGCCCGCCGUGCUCUCCCUGUGUGUUAGGUUAUUUAUUUAUUAAAAUCUAGAAUCCUGUGCCUGUA